AGCUCGUGGUCGCCUCUCCAUCGGAAUUUUUCGCUUUCGCUCGGCGCGGGGGUGGUGACGGUCAGUGAAAAACUUUUUCCAGCCAGGCCAGCCAAAAUCGCCGUCAGUCAGUCGUCAGCGGCCAUCAACUUCAGCGGCAGCAGCAGCAAGAAAAGAUUUUCCACGGCUCAACACGAUUUUCUUGACGAUUUUUUCAUGAUGUGUUGUCACCUGCUGCUGCUGUGUUGGUAGAAGAGAGACGGACUGAGUGAGCGAGGGGUGUGCGUGAGAGUGCGGGUGUGCGUAUGUGUGUGCUUACCUGACAGAAGAAGGGGAGCAAGAGGGGAAGAGAGGAAAAAGAAGAGUUUUGGUGUGUCAGAUCGUGGAGUGAAAACUGCUCUGCCAGGCCAGCAGCAGAAGAAAGCAAAAUUGUGACACGACACGGCUGGAAAUGUGGAAAUUUGGCUGGUUUUCCACCUGACACGGUUUUUGUGGGUAGCAACGAAAACGCACGGAAUUCGUCCAGGUUCGAGCCGUCGUCGGUCCGGCCAGGUGUAACGCGCCCGAGAAGUGGGGAAAAAAGUGGCCACGAAAAAAGAAAAACGCGAUACCUUUUUUGUGUUGGUAAUGUUUUAAGUUAGGCAGAAAAAAAAAGAAAAAAGUUCCGCAAAGAGCCCCCCAAAAGAAAAAAGGUUCCACUCGCCAUCGCAAUCCGCGUUCCGGAAGUCUGCCCGCGCCCCCGUUAAAGAUGGCCGCGACGACAGCCGCCGAGCUGCAGCAGCUCCAGGUUGAGAUCGAGCGGCUGAACCGGGAGCUGGACCAGGCCAGCAGUGAAAACAUCCAGUCGGCCAAGUACGGGCUCGGGCUGCUGGAGGAGAAGCAGGGUCUGCAGUCCAAGUGCGAGGAGCUGGAAGCGCUGUACGAGAAUGCACGGCACGAGCUGGAAAUCACGCAGGAGGCGCUGCAAAAAUUCCAAAAGACACAACAGGUCACCAACAAAAGUGGCAUCGAGCAGGAGGAUGCCCUGCUCAACGAGUCGGCCGCCAUGGAGACCUCCCUGAACCUGCAGAUCCUGGAGCUCGAGAGCGAAACGAAACAGCUGCGGCACGAGCUGGAGCGGGUCACGAACGAGCGGGACCGCAUGCUGCAGGAAAACUCCGAAAUCGGCCGGGACAAGUCCGGGGCGGAGGCGGAACGGGCCCGGCUCAAGGCCGAGCUCAAGGACAUGAAGUACAGGGAAACGCGAAUGCUCAGCGACUACAGCGAGCUGGAGGAGGAGAACAUCUCGCUGCAGAAGCAGGUGUCCAGCUUGCGGAGCUCGCAGGUGGAAUUUGAAGGUGCCAAACACGAAAUCCGACGGCUCAGCGAAGAAAUCGAGUUGCUCAACUCGCAGGUGGAGGAACUGGCCAGCUUGAAGAAGAUCGCCGAGAAGCAGAUGGAGGACGCGCUGACCGCGUUGCAAAUUGAGCGCGAGACCAAGUACGCGCUCAAGAAGGAGCUUGAUACACAUAUCAAUCGGGAAUCGAUGUACAACAUUAGCAAUCUGGCAAUCAGUAUACGGGGAAUGGAGGAGAGCACGCUCAACAGCAGCGACUGCGAGGACGAAAUGCCCACGCUCAAGGACUCGACGCUGAAGCGGCUAGAGACGCUGGAGGCGGAAACGGCCGACCUCAAGUCGCCGGACGGCACCAAGGUCGACCUGUUCUCCGAGAUCCAUCUGAACGAGCUGAAGAAGCUCGAGAAGCAGUUGGAGCUGAUCGAGAACGAGAAGAUCUGCCUGACGGCGAACCUGCGCGACGCCCAGCAGAACCUGGACAAGAGCCAGAACGAGAUGCAGAACUUUAUGGCGAAGCUGACGCUGCUGGCGGCCCACGUGGACGCGCUGCAGAACCUCAAGAAGCAGAUCGCCGCCGAGGACAAGUUUGCCAACGUAUCCAACAACAAGGACAAGGUGAUGAACGACAAGCUGAACGAGGCGAUCCUGCAGUACUCGAACUGGUUCACGCUCAGCUCGAAGGAGAUCGACACGCUGAAGGCCGACCUGGUCGAGCUGCAGAAGGGUCUCAACUGCUCGGACGCGAUGGCCGUGCUGCGCAACGAAAUCACCAAUUUGAAGAACAAGUUGCUGUCUUCGGAGCAGAAAUCGUUGGACCUGCACAGUGACGUCCAGGUUCUCACGACCCUGUCGCAGAACGCCGGCCAAAGCCUGAACUCGACCCGCAGCAAUCUGGUUUCGCUCAGCGACGACCUCGCCCAGCUGUACCAUCUGGUGUGCACCGUCAACGGCGAAACGCCGAACCGCGUCCUGCUCGACCACAAGAACGACGAUCUGAGCUUCGACAACGACUCGCUGUCCGCGAUCCAGUCCCAGCUCAAGUCCGACAUCCUCACCUCGAGGCCGCACGUGUUCGAGGACCUGCAGGCGCUGAGCGACGCCGUAGAGAUCAAGAAGUACGUCGACACGAUCAGCGACCAGAUCAAGUACCUCAAGACGGCCGUCGAGCACACGAUCGAGCUGAACAAGGACAAGGUGUCGGACGUGGCCGCCGGCGACAAGGACGCCAAGGAGGAGAUCGCCGACCUGCACGAGCAGAUCAUCAAGCUGAAGAGUCUGCUGUCGACGAAGCGCGAACAGAUCGCCACCCUGCGGACGGUGCUCAAGUCGAACAAGAACACGGCCGAGGUGGCACUCACCAACCUCAAGUCCAAGUACGAGAACGAGAAGCUGGUCGUGAGCGACACCAUGUCCAAGCUGCGCAACGAGCUGAGGAUCCUGAAGGAGGACGCCGCCACCUUCUCCAGUCUGCGGGCGAUGUUUGCCGCCCGCUGCGAGGAGUACGUGACGCAGGUCGAUGAGCUGACGCACCAGCUGUCGGCCGCCGAGGAAGAGAAAAAGACUCUGAACCAGCUGCUGCGGCUGGCGGUGCAGCAGAAGCUGGGGCUCACCCAGAAGCUCGAGGAGCUGGAGAUGGAUCGCGAGAUGCGCCACGUGCGGCGACCGGCGAUGCCGGCCCGAGGUGGUGGCAAGUCCGCCUUCUCGCGGGGUGUCCCCGCCCGCAGCAGCAACCAGAACCCGAACAACAGCAACGCCGGCAGCGGCGGCGGCGCCAACAAUCCGAACCAGGCAUUCUUCUAACAUAAGGUGAGCGUGCAGCGUAAGAUCCUAGCCUUCCUCUACACACUGCUGAAGAUGUAAACGGUCCAUCGUCCAAGGAAAAAACACAAACAAAAAUUUUCUCAUCCAUCCAUCCAAGCAAACGAGAGAGAGAGAGCGAGACGUUUCGGUUUUUCCUGUUUGAUUGUUCGUUCGUUAGGUUUUUCUUUUCUUGUCUCUCGUUGCGCGAUUCUACGUUGUUGGCCGGAGCCGGAGUUGUCCAGAAAAAAAACGGACCGGCACAUGUGUUUCACCUGCGCCUCCUUUUUGUACUAUACACAAGCCGUUAUACCUAUGAAACCAGGACUAAUCAUGAAUGCGAGAGCGAUGUGUGAUGUGAGGCAUAUAUUUUUAAAUAAUAUUUGUAAGCUAAGCUGCGGUGCGGUGUCCCGUUUUGCCCCACCUAGACAGAGGGGCAAAGCAAGGACGGGACGCACGCAGGCAAAAAAAAGACGAGGUCGGACGAGUGUGUGAAAGUAUAUAUCGUUAAAUUAUUUUGAUAAGAUUAUAAUAUAUUGUAACACGAGACACGGCGCGACGCGGUGUGACUAACCACAGGCAAGGAAAAUUUAACCAAUUACACAGAAACACACACACACAUGCAUCAUUAUUAUUUUUCUCUUUUUUUUGGGUUAAGCUAAAAAAGGGGAAGAUUAAUGAAAACGACAAGCUGUACGCGCUGCAAGCAAAACAUUAUUAUAACUUUUUAAUGGUACCGAGCGUAGUCGGACAAAAACACACAGACACAGACAGACUCGUAUGUAGAAAAACAAACAAACACAAAAUAUUUCUUGUUAGGAAACAAACAAUUUAUUGUCAAACAAUAACGUUACAAUGAUGAAAUUUGCAAAAUUGUAGAUAUUUUUUUUUCUUUUUGUCUUCUUGUGCAAUAAAAGUUUUUUGUUUUACAAAUGAUUUUAGAGGGUUUUUUUUCGUUUUAAAAUUAUCAGUUUUUUGCUGGUAAAAUUAUCGAUUGGUACAAGCAGAGAAUAUAAAAAAUACUGGUGCGAAGCGACGAGCAGCUGUCCGUCGAUCGCAAAGCUCCUAUUUUCUAACAUCGGACCAAAUCUUUUGUAGGGCGCGUCCGAGCGACGCGAUUCAGAUCGUAGAGGAAACAAAACAUUAGCAUGUCAGUAAAAUUUGCUCCGUUUUUGCUACUUUUUGCAACUCAAUUUUGAAUGCCAACUGGAGCGGUAGAUUUUGAGUAGAAAAAUUAGAGGCAAAAGGAGCCGAAUGUCGUCGAUUUGCUCACAUUUUUAAGUUUUCAAAAUUAUUUUCGGCGCAUUCGGAAAAUGGUUUAAUUAGCUUUUUGAUGCAACUCAAUUGGAACUAUUCCCAUGUUUGUAGAAAUGCGUAUAAUAAAUAAAAAAAUAGCAAAGAUGCAGAAAUUUUUACUCUUUAGUUCGAAAUGGUACGGAAACGUGAUUUUAUCCUAGAGAGAGAGAAUCAAUUUUGCACGAAAGAGAGAAUUUUUGCAAGAUUGCAAAAAAUUUCGCUCUCUUGAAAAGUUGUUUAAAAAAAAAGUACGGAAACGUAAAUCUUCCGGAGAGAGAAUAUUCGCAAAUACUACAACGCAACGCAAUUCUUCAAAACUGAGAGAAAGCACUUUUCUCUCAUUGGAAUUGUGAGAAUAUUAAUCUUGCUUUCAAAAAGUAACUUAACUGCGUUCCACCAGAAAGAGAGAAUAAAAUCCUCUUAAAAUCUGAGAGAGAGAGAUCUACUCCUUCUUUCCCAAAAAUCUCAAAAUGCAGUAAAUCAUCUUAAACUGAGAGAGAAAACUACCACCUUUCUCUCAGUGAAAAUCUCUGAAUUCAAAUUGAGAGAGAAUUUUUCUUGAACUGAGAGAAAAUUUAUACCUUUUCUCAGCUAUUUUGCAAGAGAGUAUUGGGAGGAGAUUCUGAUCGAGAGAGUGACUAGCUUACUAAAAAAAAGCUGCGUUAUAACAAGCCAUUUGGAGAGCGAGAAUACUGGUUGAAUAAAACUGAGAGAGAACAUUUUUGCAAACUUUUUAUCGGCGAAAAUACUCAAAAUCCGAAUAGGACGUAAUUCUAUUAAAUAUAGAGAUAACUUUCACCAUUAGCAGAAUGCAAUUUUGCCAGGAAGAAUAAAAAUCAUGCACUCCAAAUUCGAUCGAGGAAAAGAUUUAAAUUUCUGAGAGAAUGUUUGCCUCGAAUGAGAGAGAGUUUUUCUCUCGGUGUAAAUUAGCAAAAGUGAGAAAAUGAGAAAAUCCUUCUCUCUCUCUCUCUAUCUCUCUCAGUUACGGAAACGCAGUUACGCUGGAGAGAAGAUUAUUAUCUUUUCUCAAAAUGUGAUCGAGGUAUUUUUCUCUUUGUAUAAAUUGGCAAAAGAGAGAAAAUUAGAAAUUUGUUCUCUCUCUCUCAGUUACGAAAACGCAAUUUUGCUUGAGAGAUGAUUGUUUUCUUCUCUCAAAAUUUUCUCGCUCUUAUGUUCGCAAUUCUGCAAGUGCGGGAAUAGUUUCAAAGAGUUUUUAUGUUGAUAAAAAAAGUGCAUAAUUUUCGUACGAGUAGCUUUUUAAACUGCAACCAAGCAAGCAAGCCUGCUCUAGAUAACAACAGUAGUAUGUAACUCAACUAUCGUAGACACACUCAAAAAAUCACGUAGCUUAGUUUGUUCUCAGUGGGCUCAACACUGUUGAACACUUAAAGGAAAAAAAGGUAAAGACUAUUCCUUGGAAAUAAAAUGCGAGCUUUUUACGCGGUUGUUUUGCUGUAUUUUAGAAUCGUUAAGAUCCGAUCCGGUUAGAAAGUAAAACAUUAAAUCGAAUAAUUUUACCACUCUUUUGUUUUGGUUUUCGAUUUAUGUUUGUUAAUCAAAGAAAGUAAAAGUAACUAAAUGUGUCACAAAGCAACAAAUACCGAAAGAAUUUAGUGUGUCAAACAUCGUUACAAAAAAAAAAAGUUACACAAGCAAAGCAUCACAAUUCUGUCCUUACUUUAAAAAGAAGAAAGAAAAAAGUUGUAUUUUUUCUAUAUCAGAAACAAAAACGUUAAGUGAAACUAAUCAGAAGCGUCCAAAAAAUUAAACUGAAACAAAGAAACAAAUUAAAAGUAAUAAAUUUCCGACUAAGAGCUAGGAGUAUAAACAAAGAACAAAUUUAUCUGUGUGAAGUGAAACCAAUUGAAGAAGAAACAAUAAGUGUGAAUUAGGAAGCAAGGUCAGAAAAACGAAGGAAAUCACCGAGCCAUUUAUUUAUUUUAAUUGAAUUGUGAAAAUCAGUGGAAAGCGAAUAAAAAACAGCGAACUGGCCACACCAAGCCAACGGUGCGGUUCGUCGCUUUCCAGCAGAAAAACAAAAUCAACCAAUAAAAUAACGAAAAUAAUGUUAAUCACCGUCCCUUUUUACGAGAUCGAAGUAAAAGUAAAACUCAAAAACCAAACUUGCGAGAGAAAGUGUGCGCAAUCUGAAACAUUUGUGUAAGUAGCAAAAUCAGCACCAAAACCAUCCAAAAUGUUCUGUGUAAAUUAAUGCUCGUUGAUUAUUGAAUUAGACUUAAACAAAACAAAAAGUACCAUCCUUAAAAAUAUCAUGUGUGAAAACGAUCAAUUGUUUGCGUUAAUUUUGAGCUUCUUUGAAAGGUCUACCCUGAUGAAGAUCACGGGGGCGCCGAAACGUCAACAAUAUGUUCGGUGAGCUUUUUUAAGUUUCGCUUGUUGUGAGCUUUUUACACCAACCAACCAACCAAACCAACAAAGCUUGUGUAGAAAUCGUGUGGAAAGAAAGGCUUGUAAAAAUAUUGUUUUUUCUUUCCAAGGAAAAUGUCGUCAAACUUUCUACUUUCUAGAGAGAGAGAGCGGUUUUAGUAGCGAUAACCUACUGAGAUAGUCGUAGCCACACAGUUAAAAAAAAGUAUCAAAAUAACCCGAUUGGCCAUUACCUAGUACAUUUCUCGCCAAGUAGAAAAUAUUUCCCCACUUUUACUUCUACUAACUAGCAUUUCGAGAAAAAUCUACCUUAAAAGCAGUUUAAAAACGAAAUGAGAUUCCUUUUGUAGAUACAGCUUAGCAAUUGUCUUAACUAAUGGAAAGUAUGAGAUUAUCCAAAACGUCCUUCCCCUUUCUUUGCAAACAAAUAAAAAAGUCCAUCUCUGUUAACAUUAAAAAACGAGUUACUGAUUAGAGUCAAGUUUCGAAGUUUUGAACAAGCGUAGCGUGUAAGAAAGCCAAAACACACACAGAUUAUGUAAUUGUUUAAACCAAUUCACAGAAAAUAGAAACUAUCCAACCAAUAACAUUAAAAAAAUAGUAGACGUUAUGCAUGUUUUUCAACCAACACAAACUUAUUCGCAAAACAAAAAGAUAGAGAAAACAAACGCCCACAAAGAACUGAGCAAAAAAAAAACAAAAAAAAAACACGAUAACGAUUAAUCCCCCACCCUCUUAAACAAACCAACCCAAAGGUUGAACAAAACUGAAAUUAAUACACACACAAACCGAAAGAAGAGAUAUUCUAAAGACGAUUGAUCCUCACCUGAGACAAAAGAGACGGUUCUCGAAAAGGUUAAGUUUUGCACGCUGCUAAAAUUAUCAUUAUCGUAGGUAUAUUAUUGAAAACACAUACCGAAAGUUUGAUUGAUUUUCGAGCUGUUCGUUUUUAGGUGUAUUUGGUUAACUCUAUUAACUAUUGUUAGUGUAAAGCCGUACACGAGCUUGUAGUGUUCGUUAAAAAAAAAGCAAUUCUAAGUUUGGCAGCAACGCAACGUUCUACCCCUCGCUACUCCACUUCCCUAAAAUAUGCAGUCACAGAGAGAGAAAAAAAAUGAGUGUGCGUGUGUGGCGAAUAAAUAUAUCAUUUGCUAACUUAUAUUAAUUUAUUGUAUCUCAUUAAAAAUGAACGUAAUGUGUAAUAAUGGAACAGAAAAAAAAGAUGGAGCAGAAGAAGAAAGUAAAACCAAUAUAUUGUAAAAGUCUUACACACACAGAGAGAGAAAAUGAAAAGUAAACUUAAAAGUGAUAAAAGAA